AAAAGAGCCAACGACGGUGCAUGCGUCUGUACCUGGUCGGGACUACAUUCCACUCUUUGGCUGGCGUUUGCUUAGGUUUUUUCACGUCACAGGCGCCAUUUUGAUGAUCCGCCUGGCGGUUCGGUUGUUGUUAUAGCUUGCUCCUCCAGCAGCACGCAGCAAACGGUCGUUCUCAUCGAUUUCUUUCGGACGUGUUGCGUAGCUACCCAUCAUUCGGAUGUUAUUUGUUGCCACAUUCUUCGUCAUUUUUUGAGUUUCGUAAGCGUGCAUUACCUAGGCUUUCAGAGUGAACUAGUUACGACACACUACAGUGGAGCUAAUCUGUUUUAGUGCGCACACGUAAGGAACUGAUGGUGCAAACAAGAAGACAGCAAGAUACAGACGGAAACAUUUAGCACUUUUCUUUUACCUACCGGAAUGGCAACCGGUCCUCCGUCGAUUUUCUUAUGGGAAUCGCCGGUGCCGGCGUAAUGGAAACCAACCGUGUGACGACGCAAGAACUUGUAUCACACGGAUGUUGAUGCACGUUUCGUCACCUUAAGAAAUAGGGUGGCCACAACAAAAAAAAAAAAAACUUUUUCCAUCCAGUGCCAACAAAAAUAACAAAAACAAAAUGGGCAACGCCCAUUCCGCUCUCCCGCACGAUCCGCUUGAGUCGGCCGUAACACAUCCUAUCGCUCCAGCAGCCAACGAAAUCGACAAGGCUGAGAAAAGCGAAAGCAAAGAGAGCGGACGCCAUAAAAGGAUGGAGCGAUUGCGGAGAAGUUUCCGCGAGAGUUUCCGUCGCCGCAAAGAUCAUGUCCCAGAGAGCUCUAAGCCCCACCAAUGGCAGUCGGAUGAGGCUGCCGUCCGAGCUGGAACCUGCAACUUUUACGUUAAGUAUCUGGGAUGCGUGGAAGUGUACGAGUCACGUGGUAUGCCCGUGUGCGAGGAGGCACUUAAAGUUCUAAGGAACUCCAGGCGCCGACCAGUUAAAGGAGUAUUACACAUUUCCGGCGAUGGAUUACGCGUCGUCGAAGAAGACACCAAAGGUUUGAUUGUCGACCAGACGAUUGAGAAAGUUUCCUUUUGUGCGCCGGAUCGUAACCAUGAAAAAGGCUUCUCGUACAUCUGCCGCGAUGGCACUACGCGUCGCUGGAUGUGCCAUGGUUUUUUAGCCAGCAAAGACUCGGGAGAGCGAUUAAGUCAUGCAGUGGGAUGCGCUUUUGCCGUCUGCCUGGAAAGAAAACAAAAGCGUGACAAGGAAUGCAGUGUCACCAUGAAUUUUGACACCUCUAACUCUACGUUCACUCGCUCGGGCAGUUUUAGAGCGGCGCCCUUAACGGAGCGCAUUCAAGACCCACAAGAAUACAGGCCAGCUGACCCUCCAGCGCCGGCAAAAGCGGUCGUCAACCCGUUUGCCAUCGAACGUCCUCAUGCCGCCCCACACCUGCUUGAGCGGCAAGGUUCAUUUCGUGGGCUAUCACAGUUGAAUCAAAGUUCACCUUUCAAGAGGCAGAUGUCACUUCGAAUCGGAGAUUUGCCUUCGACUGUCGAGCGCCAGCAGAACUCGUUAAGCAAUGAAGCACCGAGCUACAAGUCCAACCUGAUCAUCACUCCUGAAAGUCCUCAGCCUCCUCCCCGAGUUAGUCGCCACCGGAUGCAGCCAUCUCCAGGUCAAGACUCAUCUAUGACACCUAUUCCGGAAACUUCGCCCAUGGUUGAACGUUCCAACGCAGUCAGCGCUAUGUGCCAGCAGCUGUCUCAAGGGCUGUCUCUUCUAUCGUCCACCGACGAUCCUUUCCUCGCGGACAACAAAGUCAACGUGAUCCCACCAACUAAUGGAUUUCAAGUGAACAACAAGGAAGUACCAGUGAACAAUCCAAUGUCACGAGGCGAACAAUGGCUGGGCAGCUUAACGGCGAGCGUGACAUCUCAGGGACCGAGCUCACUACCGCCUCGCCGUCCACCUGCCAUGGUAGCGCAUUCGCGAUCCCAAUCAUUGGGAUCGCCGCCUGAAACCCCUUCCACUAGCUCGGUUAGUCAUCCAGCGGCUGCUGCUCCGCCGCAGCUGCCCGCAAUACCACCGCGCAGUCCUUUCCACACAGCGCUUCAUUCCUCUUCUACUUCACCGGCCAGUUCGCCUGCACAUCAUUCCCCUUCUGUCGCUAAUCGAACAAGCGCUUCAAUCUCGGAUCCGUUUGAUGCCGAAUGGGCCGCUUUAGCCACACGUAAUCCCAGCAACACAAAUCCUUUUUUGCAGAAUUCCGUCGUCAAAACCUUCGAAGUUCGUAUGUAGAGAGGGUGAUAUUUCUUUUCUUUAGUUCUCCCCAGCCAACCCCCAGGGUUUUUUUUUAAUGAUUUGUUUGACGUGUUUAUGUUUUCCCUGCCUCUUAACACACACACAAAGAAAACAAAACAAAUAACAAAAAACAAAAAAAAACAAAAAAAAAAACAAAACAAAAAACAAACAAAAAAAAACAAAAAAAAACAAAACAAAACAAACAAACACAAAAGCAAGAAGAAAAAAAAAACAACAAACAAAACGAAGACAUUCCUUUACUUCUUGUACCCCCGCAAAGCUAUGUUUUGCCAACAACAUUUUUAACUUUUGAGUAUGUCUUGUAUUAUUUGAUUUAAAUUUUUCUCUUCAUUUUAGUAUUCUUUGUGUAAUAUUAUGUUUUUUGCUGGUGGACGGUGCCAAGAGCUCUUUCCUCAGGCGCGAGUGUGCUAGUUCCGUUUUAGAUUUGCGAUGCCCUCUCACUGUGUCACGCAUGUGAGUAUUGAGGAAUAACUAAUCAACUCCAUCCCUUUUGAACCCAUUUGUUGACCAUUCGAGUAGACUUCUCUUGGUUAAAAUCAGAAGAAUCGAACAAGGAGAAGGAAAAGUACUUGGUUGGGGAUUUGUAAGUUUUAUUUCUACAAACCUUUCGCACAGACAGUUACCCUCCUAAACAACGGACAAUAACGAUUCGAUUUAGAUUCACAUUGCUUCAUUUGCAUUGAAGCGGGAACUAUUGCACAAUUUGUAUAUCUCUUUAUCUUUACCUUAGCGAAGACAGAAAAGAAAAAGAAAUUAUUAUAAGCCAUGUGGUAUAUGUGUUUCAAUGUAUAUAAUGUCGAGGACAACCCAAUCGUACGCGGGGAGGGUUAAUUUGAACGAAAUUGGGACAUACAAUGUGGUGCCGUGUAGCAUAUAAUGAGUGAUAGAUGUUUCACACGCUCAGUGAAUGUUUCGUCGAAACAUACGAGAGUUGGCGUUGAGUGAAGGGUGGGGAGGGGGGGGUACAUCGGACACUUCUAAAUUAUAUGCACCGUUCGCUGUUUGCAGGCCAUUUGUCUGGCCAUUAGCUGAAUUGAUGAUUGUUUAUGCCUUCCCAUCUCCCAUUAUUGCCCUUUUGCUAAAGAUUUCGGUCGGUUGCCUUUACGCAGGACAAUGUCUCCAACACCCUGACAUGUAUCCAACCAAGGAUGAAGGCAAGACAUUACCGAUUUGUGCUCUUUUCUUCCCAUCUUUGUUUUUUUUUUAUUUUAAUCUUUACUUACUUGCCAUGUAAUCUUUUGGGACAUGUCUAUAAAAAAAAUUUUAAUCACAUUUUGCGUAAACAAAACCCCACAGAAAAAUUACUAAAUCCCAAAACUUCGAUGGAUUUUCUUCUAUGUUGUAACGACAAUACAUUCUCCUCGUUCUCAA